AUGACCAUAACAGGAGAAAGGUUUGAUGCAGCGAGGCCCAAGACUCCGACGGAGUACUUGAAGAAUAAAUUCGGUGCCGCCAAUAUGCCGGAGAGGCUGCUGGAGUUGAUGAAGUUGCUGAACACAGAGGACGAAGAAGACUCUUACAAACAAAAGAAAAACCAAAAAGAAGAAGACCUGGCUGGAUUGAAGGCGGCCAAGGUAAUCAGGAAGGAAAUGAAAAGCAUAAUAUACGAUUUUCCCGAGUUCCGCGGGUUCGACAAGUCGACUCUCAGGCUUCCCCAGUUGAACCAGUAUCUGUUUUCUACGAAGUUCAAUCCGCCGAUCCCUAAUAAGGUUCGUGAUGACAUGAUGAAUGCCCCGCUGUCGCAUUACUUCAUUCACACCAGCCUCAACUCCUACUUUACCGGGAACCUUGUCUUGGAGAAAUACAGCGAUGAGCCUAUCAUCGAUGCACUUAAACAGGGUGUGAGGGUUAUUGAACUAGAUCUGAUGCCGUGUCCUGAAGGCGGCAUCUGCGUUAGCCGUCGCAUGAACUUUGAGAAGCCUCUCAAAUUGCAAAAGUGUUUGGAUUCUAUUAAAGAUCAUGCUUUUACUCACACAAGCAGUUACCCCGUGAUCAUUACUUUUAAGGACGGCGCCAAUCCGGAUCUUCACUCCAAAGCUUGUCAGAUGAUAAAUCAGACAUUUGGUGGUAUGGUACAUCAGCGUGAUCCUCAUAGUUUGGAGGAGUUUCCUUCUCCUGCACAACUCCGAAACAAGAUAUUAAUAUCAAGAAGACCCCCGAAACAGUUGUUAUGUGCUAAUGGUGCUAAAGAAAAGAUUUGCGUACAAGAUGGGAAGAAGACACUACAGGACUCGCCAGAUGUGAACUACCAGAGCCUAGUUUCCUUUUAUGCUGUGGAGCCAAGCGGAAUGCUAAGGAAAGCAUUAACAGACAAGGUUAAAAAAACCCAACGACCAGGAUGGUACGAGAAAGAAGUUAUAAGAGCGAAUGGAGGAUGCGGUUAUGUUAAGAAGCCGGAUUUUCUCUUGAAUGCAAGUCCUAGUGGAGUUUUCUAUCCAGCAGUGGAUCCAAUGGGGAAGAGGAAAAUGUUAACGGUCAAAGUCUACAUGGGAGAUGGAUGGCGGGUGGACUUCGAGAAUACAAUAGGUCGAUGGUCGAAGCCAAAGUUAUAUGUUAUGAUUGGUAUUGCCGGUGUAACCCAUGAUGAGAAAAUUGUGCAAACGAAGGUGCAAAGAAAAUGGAUACCUGUUUGGGGACAAGACUUUACAUUCCCGUUGAGAUAUCAUCAUCUUGCUUUGCUUAGUAUUCAAGUCUACAACCAUGAUUUAUCACUUCCAGACGGAUUUUGUGGCCAGACAUGUCUACCGGUUCCUGAACUUAUAGAAGGGAUUCGAGCUGUUCCCCUCUAUGAUGAAAAAGAAACAGAGGUUUGUGAUAUUUUUGAAGUCUGGAAUCAGGUUUCGUCGAGACAGAUCAUGGUAUCGUACCGGGUCUUCGUGGUGUUGACGGUUGUGCUGGUGGUUACAGUGUUGGGGUUUGCAGAAGCGUAUCCGAAAGAGGACUUGGUCGUGAGUUUGCCUGGUCAACCAAAGGUCGGUUUCAGACAAUAUGCUGGAUAUGUCACUGUGGACUCGGAAAGUGGCCGGAGUCUCUUCUACUACUACGUGGAAGCUGAUAAAACACCCGACAAGAAACCUUUAACCCUUUGGCUUAACGGAGGUCCAGGUUGUUCUUCAGUUGGUGGAGGAGCUUUCACUGAGUUGGGUCCGUUUUAUCCAACAGGAGAUGGUCGUGGCCUCCGCAUUAACUCCAUGUCAUGGAACAAAGCUUCGGACCUGCUUUUUGUGGAGUCACCAGCUGGAGUGGGAUGGUCUUACUCCAACAGAAGCUCUGAUUACAACACCGGUGACAAAUCUACUGCCGAAGACAUGCUUGUGUUCUUGCUGAGAUGGUUCGACAAGUUCCCUGAGUUGAAGUCUCGUGAGCUCUUUCUCACUGGUGAAAGCUAUGCAGGACAUUACAUACCACAAUUGGCUGAUGCAAUACUAAGCUACAAUUCACGCUCAAGUGGAUUCAAAUUCAACGUCAAAGGCAUUGCAAUAGGGAAUCCACUUCUGAAGCUUGACACGGACACUGCAGCUACAUACGACUUCUUCUGGUCGCAUGGGAUGAUCUCCGAUGAACUCAGAGACACAAUCACAAGCCAGUGUGACUUUGCAAGUUCGCAGAAGCAAACCAAGCCGUGCAGCGAUGCUCUCAUCAACAGCAGCCUCAUCAACGAAUACAUCAACGACUAUGACGUGCUUCUUGAUCUAUGCUACCCAGCUAUCGUCGAGCAAGAGCUGCGGCUCAAGAAAAUGGCUACUAAGAUGAGCGUAGGGGUUGAUGUGUGUAUGACUUACGAGCGCAAGUUCUAUUUCAAUCUCCCAGAGGUCCAGCACGCUCUUCACGCGAACCGGACCGGUUUACCUUACGAGUGGUCUAUGUGCAGCAGCCAAUUAAAUUACAGUUCCAUUGACGGGAACAUCAACAUGCUUCCGAUUCUUAAGAGAAUUCUACACAAGAAAGUUCCGGUUUGGAUCUUCAGUGGAGAUCAAGAUUCUGUUGUUCCACUUCUUGGCUCAAGAACUCUCGUACGACAACUUGCUGAUGAUCUUAGCUUCACUACCACAGUUCCCUAUGGAACUUGGUUCCACAAAGAGCAGGUUGGUGGCUGGGGUACAGAGUAUGGAAACCUACUGACGUUUGCAACGGUGAGAGGAGCUUCUCAUAUGGUGCCCUUUGCGCAGCCUUCACGAGCUCUGCAUUUAUUCACCAGCUUUGUCCGUGGCCGGAGAUUGCCUAACAAACCCCAUACCUCUACAUGA